AUGGCUGAGAGUACAACCUCAGAUGCUGCCAUCGGCACUAUAAUCGAAGUAAUCAUCGACGCAGGCGCCUUGGCCGUUGAAACCGGCGACUUUCUGUCGUACGCUACCGUUCUCGACUUGCGAAUUGGGGCCGCGUCCAACUAUACCGCCGAACAGGCGUGCCAAGUUUUGGGUGCUCUCUACAGUACCAUGCAGAAAUACCCCAAAUUGACCUAUGGUGUCGGCUGGGAUCUCCCUGCACUACUUCUGCCGUUCAUUGAUAUAUGUGAGCCCGGUGUGGGUAGAGAGCAGUUGCUGCCGCUAAUCAAGGAAAUCUUCACUCUGUUGAGCGUUGAGGGAAAUCACAAGGAGUUGUUCCUCAAGAGUAGUGAGUUAAUGUUACGAUUGUCAGAAGACAUGGAAGCAACUGUGAUUGAGGAAGCGAUAGAAUCAGACAAUGGUGCAAACUACGGGGGUGAAUUUUUUGAGCCUGGAGAUUUCUCCGUUCGGGCUGCCAAUUAUCAAGCUUCUACUGCUGAAGAGCAUCACGAAGCCCGUUUGCGAGACUUCAAGUUCAAAAUGCUCUAUGAAUUGAUGCGACUCUCGCUGGCCUCGAUCGAGACAGAGCACCCUUCCAGAUUCUUCAAAUCAGCAGCUACGACACUGCUAACUGUUGCUAGUGACCCUGAUUGUGAUAUCCCAAGUUUGACUAUUCAUUUGCGACAUCUUUUCUUGCUGGGCCGAGAUUUCGCCAUGCAACUCGAUGGGGUCAGUGAAGCAGAAAUCGGUCUCACGGCCAAUCUGCUCAAGAACUAUGUCAGCCAUGCUGCUGAAGUCACCAUGGACCGUGUUUCCAUCAAGUGGGCAGAUCGCCUGUACUAUCAAAUUGUGAACAAGAUUGCUCUAUGCCCGGCCAAGUCUCGUGAUGCCGCCUAUCAUAUUAGCCUGUACAACGAGCGUAUUAAUGAGGCAAUGUCCCGUCUUGCUCAGCUCGCGCAAUCUUUUGACUUGGAAUUGGAUGAUGCCUGGCCCGAUAUCGUAAUGGAAGCUUCCAAGAGUAUAGUCACCAGCCUUGACGAUGAGCCGGAGGAUAUUCUUGAGUCUCCCUCAACUGCUGGUCUACUUCUGCUAGCUACUCAAACACAUUUUGAUGGCACACGGAGAGCCAAAUUGCCGUUCAGCAAGAUUGUGGAAGCAAUUACCCAACUCUCGGACUGUAUUCCUCAUUCGUUGGGCGUUCGGGAUGCAAUGCUGUAUUGGAUUCUUUGGUCGUCGGUAUGCGUUCAACCUGAAGAGGUUAGAGCGCUUGAAAGAGAUGUUUUCUGUCGUUAUCUUCAGGUGACCCUUUGUAUUGCAAACAACGUCACUCGCAAGACCCGCCAUAUUGCCUACUCGGUCGUAACAAAGCUCCUGCGACUGCAAAGCCCGGGUAUUUCCUAUGAUUUCCUCAUUGAUACUUUUGAAAACUGUCCCUACGAUACCGUUCUGGAUUCAGCUGUUCAAAUGCUCAAAGUUUUACUCACUGGUAAGCUCAAGUGUCAAAUCGGUACCGAUCAGGGUGCAUCAAAAGAAAUAGUCUGCAAUUCAAGCAAUCCCGAGAACUUGCUGGUUCUUGACGACAAGAAACGUGCGCAGAUUUUGGACAUUGUAAGCACGAACUUCAACGACUUCAUUUAUAGCGGCGAGGCAGCACCGUUGCUCAUGUCUUGGUUGAAUUUCCUGACAGUUAUUGACCUGGACGAUGACAGGGUCCAGGAGAUUGUUGAAAAGCUCAAGAAACAUGUCACUGUUAAAGGAAACGAGUUGUCAGCCAACCUUGUUGCCCUUAUAAACAUGGCUAUUGAGUCGUUGGAGAAGGCUAGGUUUAAAUAG